GCCGCGUGGACGUGCACGAGUUGCGCCAGGGGCUGGCUAGGCUGAGUGGGAGCGACCCAGAUCGCGGCGCCCAACAGGUCCUUCCUGCCCACAGCCCCCACAGGUGCCCCUGAACCCCCCCGCAGCGUCCUUGAGAACUUCAGUCUCAACUCCCACUUUCCAGGACCUCUCCUCCCAGGAGGCAGAGGUUGAGGCAAGCGGUGGCCUGGACCUGGAGGAAUUCUCGCGCUACCUGCAGGAGCGGGAGCGGCGCUUGCGGCUGAUGUUCCACAGCCUCGACCGCAACCAGGACGGUCAUAUUGAUGUCUCUGAGAUCCAGCAGAGUUUCCGAGCUCUGGGUAUUUCCAUCUCCCUGGAGCAGGUAGAGAAGAUUCUGCACAGCAUGGACCGUGACGGCACGAUGACCAUUGACUGGCAGGAAUGGCGAGACCACUUCCUGCUGCACUCACUGGAGAACGUGGAGGACGUGCUGUACUUCUGGAAGCAUUCCACGGUCCUGGACAUCGGUGAGUGCCUGAUGGUGCCGGACGAGUUCUCGCAGCAGGAGAAGCUGACGGGCAUGUGGUGGAAACAGCUGGUGGCCGGCGCGGUGGCAGGGGCCGUGUCCCGCACGGGCACCGCACCUCUGGACCGCCUCAAGGUCUUCAUGCAGGUCCACGCCUCGAAGACCAACCGGCUUAACAUCCUGGGGGGCCUGCGGAGCAUGGUCCGGGAGGGCGGCGUCCGCUCCCUGUGGCGGGGCAACGGCAUCAACGUGCUCAAGAUCGCCCCAGAGUCCGCCAUCAAGUUCAUGGCCUACGAGCAGAUCAAGCGGGCCAUCCGGGGACAGCAGGACACGCUGCAUGUGCAGGAGCGCUUCGUGGCUGGCUCCUUGGCCGGUGCCACGGCCCAAACCGUCAUUUACCCCAUGGAGGUGCUGAAGACGCGGCUAACCCUGAGGCGGACCGGCCAGUACAAUGGGCUGCUGGACUGCGCGCGGCGGAUCCUAGAGCAGGAGGGGCCUCGCGCCUUCUACCGAGGCUACCUUCCCAACGUGCUGGGCAUCAUUCCCUACGCGGGCAUUGACCUGGCCGUCUACGAGACCCUCAAGAACCGCUGGCUGCAGCAGUGUGGCCGCGAGUCGGCUAACCCGGGGAUCCUCGUGCUCCUGGCCUGUGGCACCAUCUCCAGCACCUGCGGCCAGAUCGCCAGCUACCCCCUGGCUCUGGUCCGGACCCGAAUGCAGGCCCAAGCCUCCCUGGAGGGCGCCCAGCAGCUCUCCAUGACAGGUCUGCUGCGACACAUCCUGGCCCAGGAGGGCGUGUGGGGCCUGUACCGGGGCAUUGCGCCCAACUUCAUGAAGGUCAUUCCGGCUGUGAGCCUCUCCUAUGUGGUGUACGAGAACAUGAAGCAAGCCCUGGGGGUCUCGUCCAGAUCCAGCACCCCACGUCCCAAAGGUGGGUCCCACCUUCCCUGUGCCACCCCCUGGAUCCUGGACGCCCACGUCUUAAUCACUGGAUCCCCAGCCACUGGAGCACACGCCCUUCUGUACCCCAUCACCCAGACCCCAGAUCCCUCAGGCACCAGAUCCAGACCCCUGUACAGCACUGGGUCCUCGAUCCCAACCUCACUGGCCAGUCGCGAUCGCCACACAAGCCUUGCCUCUCCAAGCUCGGCCACUGGAUUCUGGAUGUCGAGAAACCUCAGCCACAGGAUCCUGUCCGUGCAGGGCCUCGAUCCUGGGGCCCCCACUUCCGAAGCCCAGAUCCCUUCACCAGACCCCUGGAUCCCUGAAUUCCUUUACCUCGACCCCUGGGUCUCAGGUCCUUCGGCUCUGACUGCUGGAUCCAUGCAUUUCAAGCACCCUCACCACCACCUUGACCACUGGCUCCCAAAUUUCCAGUCCACAGCCAGGGGAUUCCAGGUUCUGGAUUCUACAUUCCUUCCCCUGGGGCACUGGUUCCUGAGACCUCGGUCCGGGAGGCACUUGUUAACCCUCCGGGCCGCUGAAUCCUGACCCUCGGCCCUUGCAUCGGGGACCCCAUCUGAGGUCCACGCCUGCAGCCCUGGGGAAAGCCCCACUCCCACACGCUGGCUCCAGAAAAGUGGCGAUCAAGGCCACGCGGUGAGGGUGGGUGCCGGACCCCCCACCGCCCCUGCGCACACCCGUCCCGUGACCCCAGCACUGACUGCCUCCUCUUCACCCCCCACGUCUGCCGCAUCUUCCGCCCCUGCCCACCUUGCACCCUAACGGACCCCCAGAGCCCGAGUCCCUGGGAGUGGCCGGUCCCUUCUUCUAGGGGCUGGCGAACGGGCGGUCUGAGAUGGUGGCACAUUACGGGGUCCUCCCCUCCCCGACACUGCCAGCCCCUCUCGGGCUUCAAAAA